AGAGGUCCGGAGACAUUUACCAAGGGCGUGGGCGGGCUGUCGGAGGCCCUGAUCCCUAUAGCUACUCCCAGUGGCUUGUCUGGCCCGCGAUUCCAGUUGCCUCACUAGCCUGGGAGGACCCAAUACUCGCGCCGGCCCUGUGGCGGGAGAGGAAACGAGCUUAUUUCCUCGGAGUCGAGAAGCGGCGGCCGCAACCGAGAGCAUAACCGCACCGAGAACCUCACCUACAGUCCACCGGCGACUUCCUUCCACCGGGAGCUCCUUUACAUGGACACAGGCGGAGUGCCCCCUCGGCGCCUAAUUGGUUCCCAGGUGUGUAGGCUACGCCCCGCCCCGUGGACACGCCCCCACAGGGUCAAAGUUACUGAUCCCAUGGCAACUGAUGUUUCUAAUAGUCCAAGUCUGUGACUUUGCCCAGAUGUCAUUCAGUUCUGGCAACUGGAGUGAACUUAGGAUGUCAGCCAAGACCUUUUGGGGGAUUCUUGCCCUGCUCCGAAUUUUCUGGUGUCUUCUUCCUCAGACAGGUUACCUUCAUCCUGAUGAAUUCUUCCAAUCACCUGAGGUCAUGGCAGGAGAUAUUUUAGACCUACAAGUCUAUUAUCCCUGGGAAUUCCUUUCCAAUUCUCCUUGUAGAACAGUUGUGUUCCCAUUAAUUACAUCUGGCAUUACCUACUGGAUGAUCAAGUCUUUGCAACAGCUGGGCAUGUGGUCAAAUGGCAUCAACAGCUACACCCUUCUUGUGUCACCUCGCCUUCUCCUCACCACCUUUUCUUUCAUACUUGACUAUAGCGUGUAUUGGCUAGCUCCUUUCUGGGGUGCAGAUCGGUGGAACGCCCUGGUUCUGCUUGCUGGGUCCUAUGUCACACUAGUAUUUUACACAAGAACAUUUACUAACACACUUGAAGGACUUCUGUUUGCCCUGCUGAUGGUACUAGUAUCUCCAAAAGCAGUUGGUUAUGGAACAGACAUCAGCCAAGCGAAACCUACCCGUAGCAGUCUCAUAGGGAUUAUAACAGUUGCUGGGUUUUUCAACAGGCCAACUUUUCUGGCAUUUGCUUUAAUGCCACUGCUUUACUGGGCAGUUUUAAAUGCCACUACUCAGCACAGCAUUAAAACUAUUGCAAACCACCUCUUGAAGCUUGUUUCAAGCACAGCUUUCACUGCCAUCAUCUUCACAGCAGCUGACACGUUAUAUUUUACCUCCAUUGGAUCAGAGAUUAGCCUAUACAGCAUUAAAAGGAAUGGCCUGUUAAGCACCAUAGCUCAAAUAAAUCAGAAUAUAAUAGUGACCCCUUUUAAUUUUCUCUGCUAUAAUCUUAAUCCCUAUAAUCUUGCACAGCAUGGGAUUCACCCAAGAUUUACUCAUUUUGCAGUCAAUGGGAUAAUGCUCUUUGGGAUCCUGCACAUUCUGGCCAUCAGCAUUGGUUUAAAAAUGCUGAAAGUAAACAUCCAUCUAUCAUGGAUCAGACUACAUAAUCAUAGGCCACCUACAAUGUUAGUGCUUGCCAAGGGCAAUCCAACAUUAUUAUUAUUAUUCUAUUUUGUUCCUUUGGCAUUCCUUUCCCUAUUCAACCACCAAGAACCUCGAUUCCUCAUUCCUCUUAUUUUACCACUAGUCCUAUUGAUCACACCACAGAAUAGAACCCUGAAGUGGAAACCUAUCAUUAUUAUUUUCAAUGUUCUUGGUGCCCUUUUGUUUGGGUGCUUACACCAAGGAGGGCUGAUCCCAUGCCUGUCUCAUUUAGAACAGCUCAUACAUUCUACAGAGUCCCUGAACCAUCCAGCACACUAUAUUCUACUCUUUGCUCACACUUAUAUGCCUCCCAGGUUUCUGCUCAGUAUCAAUAAGAGAGACCCAUUAGUAGAAAUAAUUGAUAUGGCUGGAACUGAAGGUAACACCCUCUGCCAAACACUGGGACAAUUAGCAAACAACAUUGCCUGUGGGACUAGAGAGACUGAUAAAGAAAGAACUUGUCAUUUUUUUGUUAUAAUCCCUGGUACAGUCAGAACAACAAUACAAAAAUGUGGGGUUUUGUUCAAGAAUGAGACGUUAAUAUUUCCACACUUGACAAUGGAAGAUCCACCACAAAUAUCCUUUCUAUUCAGUGAAAAAUGGAAAAGUCAGUUAGGACUAUACAUCCUUCAGAUAGACAGAAAUGAACAGAGCAUUUAGUUAUUAGAGGAUUUAUGUUUCACUUUUUAAUUGUAUUUAGUUCUGGUGAAAGUUGCUGGAUCAACAGUCCUGGAGAUGGAUGUUCUCUCCCUUUAUUCACAGACAUGAAUACAGCACAAGCAGUGGGAGUGCAAACUUCCCCAUAUUGUCCCCCCCGCCACUAUUACCCUCACCAGUGUUCCUUAGCCUUGUUCUGGAUGGAUGCUAUCUAAGUGUGAGGUCGUUCAAUCUCCAGCAUUGUUUUUACGCCAGGAUAAUUUUCCUGCUGGGAGAGGACUAAAUCAGAGAAAAAAGGCUGAAGUUCUCUGCACAAAACUUUCCAGAUGGUUUUGGGUCAGUUCUUCUCGUGUCAGGUAUAAUGUUUUGUUUUUUGAUUUCUUUUAUUAUAUCUCUUUGGAUUAUACUUUUUAUUUAUAUGCAUUAAUGCUACAGCUAAGCAUUCAGGGCCUCCUCCCAGUAGUUACAGAAGGCUCCAGUCAUGAUAUAGAAUUCAUCUUUAUGAGCACCUCAGUUACAGGAUUGUGCAUGAUCAGAUAUAUCCUCUCAAGGGAUUGUAUCAUGUCCUUGAAAAAGGAGUGGGAUUAGUUUCAUUGUCUAGUAAUGUCUAAUGUUUUAUCACUAGCAGGUCAGAUCCUAGGAUUGGAAACCCCAGGUUCAAUUCCCAAACCAGCCACUGCUUAGUCUUACUGUUCAUUUAGCUUUUCCUGCUACAGGGCCAUUUAUCUGUGGAAACAAUAUUUUAAAUUGCCUUUCUAUUAGGAGUGGAUCUGAACUUGAACCCUGGAUCCACAGAUCCCUGAACUACAGUGAGGGGAAUUGCAGAAGUUGAACCAAGAUCUGGAUAGAAAUUUCACAGGUGACCCCAUUUGGGUACAGGAGUUUGGUUCUGGGCAUUAUGGACAAACACUUCCAGACUUCAGGGAAAUAUUAAUCCUGAUCCAAAUCUUGUAUGUCAAGCCUGUCUCUUUCAGAUGAACCUGCCAGUGAUAAAUGGGACUUGUUCAAAUGCCAGUCAUACUGCACGAAGGGCAUGGUACAUACAGUUUCAGAUCUUAAAUGCCAAUUUUACAAGGAGACCAAAUAAUGGACUAUGAAGAUAGUUUAUGAGG